AUGGCUGCCCAGGAUGAACUCAAUCAACUGGAACGCGUGUUCCUCCGCCUGGGCCACGCAGAGACAGAUGAGCAGCUCCAGGACGUUAUCUCCAAGUUCCUGCCCCCUGUCCUUCUCAAACUCUCCAGCGUUCAGGAGGGUGUGAGAAAGAAGGUCAUGGAGUUGUUGGUCCACCUGAAUAAGAGGAUAAAAAGCCGACCAAAGAUUCAGUUGCCAGUAGAAACUUUGCUGGUGCAGUAUCAGGACCCAGCAGCCGCUUCCUUCGUCACAAACUUCACCAUCAUCUACAUUAAAAUGGGUUACCCUCGCCUGGAGGUGGGAAAACAGUGCGAGUUGGCCCCGACCCUCCUCACUGCCAUGGAGGGGAAGCCGCAGCCACAGCAGGACAGCCUGAUGCACCUGCUGAUCCCCACUCUUUACCACAUGAAGUAUCCCGCAGACGCGUCCAAAAGCACCUCUUCUUUCAACCUGUCUGAGCGGCCAAAGACGGUGCACCUGCUGCUGGAGUUCAUGCUGGAUGUUUUACUCAUGCCUUAUGGGUUUGUGCUAAACGAGUCUCCCACUCGGCCUGCGCCCUCCCCCACCGCCCAGGGAGGUUCUGCAGAUGGGGCGGUGGCUGCCAGUGGGCAGGGUCUCCCCCAGCCUCCCCCCGGGAUGAGCGUGUAUGCUGUGAAGAGGGUGAUUGGAGAGGCCCAGUGGAACGCUGAGCAGCUGGAGCAGGUACAGGAACUGCUGUUGGAUUUUGAGUCCCGGGUGUCUCUCUGUCUGUUUUGGCCAGAUAAAAUGGAAUCAGACCUCGAGCCGCUCUCUGCGGAGAACGAGUGCAAGCUGGGCAUCGUGAAGUUCAUCGAGGCGAAACAGGUCCCGGAAGUGGAGACAGUGGUGCACCUGGUGGUGGCGUCGAGUGACACCAGGCACAGCGUGGCCACCGCCGCCGACCUGGAGCUGAAGAGUAAACAGAGGUGGGGUGGCGGUAUGAAACAGGAGCUGAAACACGAGCCAGUCAGCACCAGGGUCAAAAUGAAAAUCCUGCCGCAUCUGCUCCGGUCCCGUCUGGCCGCGGAGUGCUUUCCAGCCAACAUUCAGGUAGGCGCUCCGGCUCGGUUUGGAACCGAUCGGCAGCCAUCGGCAGCUCUCACAGCUUCGACUUUCUUCCAGGUGGUCUACGACGGCCUGUUCGGUGCCAACACCAACAACAAGCUGCUGUCUCUCACCUUACAGUUUGUCCAUCACAUCUGCAUGGUGUGCCCUGACACCAAUAAGCCUUUGGGACUGAUGUUGCUCAAUGGUCUCACCAAGCUCAUCAACGAAUACAAGGAGGAUCCAAAGCUGCUGUGCGUCGCGUACUCUGCCGUCGGGAAGCUGUCAAGCCGCAUGCCGCAGCUCUUCACAAAGGACAUCGCACUCGUGCAGCAGUUCUUUGAGUCCAUGUGCAAGGAGGAAGCCGACGUCCGCCUCGCCAUUCAGGAGGCCCUGUCAAUGAUGGUCGGAGCUUAUGCUAACCUGCAGGGGGCGCUGCUGAAUCUGAUGGAGGCUCUGGUGGCUGCAUACAUUGGAAAGCCGGAGGUGCAAGUUCGACAGGUGGCCAUGAAGUUUGCCAGCACGGUGUUCGGUUCAGACCACGUGCCCACGAGAUACCUGCUGCUGCUGGCCGCAGGAGACCCACGGGAAGAAGUGUCUGCAGAGGCUCAGAAGGUGCUGAGGGCUUUCCCCGCCAAGAGCUCAGAGAAGGAGGGACCCAAGCCGAUGCCCUCUUUUCCUGAAAUGGUUGCCUAUGUCCAGGAGAAAGCGGCUCAGAGGAUUAAGACUCCUGCCAAGUACAUAGUUGGAACCUCCACAAUUCCUUUCAACCCAUCUGCAUUCGGGGAGAUCAUACUCUACCUGAGGAUGUGCUUGGCCCACAGUGCGGGGGCCACACCCAUGUCCACCCGCCUGUCGGACAUGCAGGACGACGCUCCCACCAUCGGCCGCUACGUCCACACGCUGCUGUCUUCCGAGCCGCAGCCCUCUGGGUCAAAGGGCUCCGAGGCCAACCCUGUGCACGUUUACAUGGACCUCAUGCAGCAGCUGCUGUCUGCUGUCGGGGGUAUUCCUGUCAUGUACUGUUUACUGGAGGUGGUGUCAGUGUGUCCAGAGAAACUGGCCACCAGGUUUGCUGACAAGAUCGACUGGAUUAAAAGUCUGAUGAACACAAACAAGGAGGACAUGAGGGAGCUUGCAGCCCAGCUGUAUGCUGUAGUGAUUUCCACCAUGACUGGCAAUGAGCUUCAGACGGCCGUGCAGAACCUUGUCAAAAUCACCAAAGACAACCACAGUCCUGAGACGCAGCACGGCGCCAUUUUGGCUCUCGGUUACAUGGUGGGAAGAAACAUGAGCAGAAAGAGAGCCAUGAGCCCGUGUAACCGAGGCAAAGGGCAGCAAAUGAGCAUCACCACCCAGGACGACGAUGAACCUGCCUCCAAGGCCACCAAGACCAUCGGCUCCUUUCUGGACAGCAGCAGUGCGCUGCUGGCCGUGGCAGCCUGUACAGCUCUGGGGGAAAUUGGGCGGAAUGGCCCCCUGCUGAUCCCCGCAGAGGGGGAGGGCUUCACAAAACUCUCCAUCGUGGAAAACCUGCUGGCUCGAAUCCCCUCUGGCAAGGAGAGCACAAAGAUGAAGGAGCGCUCCAUCAUGACCUUGGGUUAUCUAGCAGUGGGGGACGCAGACUUCCCGCACCAGAAGAAGCUGCUGCAGGGGCUCAUGGACUCCGUGGAGGCCAAACAGGUGGAGCUGCAGUUCACAGUUGGGGAGGCCAUCACCAGUGCCGCCAUAGGAACUGGCUCUGGAGCAGCCAGAGACCCGUGGACCUGCACGGAGGACCAGUACAACCCGCCACUCGAUGUUAAAAACAAUGAUGUGGUCCCCUGGGUCCUCAACUCCAUCCUGUCUAAAUACAUACCCAGCCAAAACCCUCAUGUCCGACAGGCCGCCUGCAUCUGGCUGCUCUCCCUCGUCAAGAAACUUGCUCAGCACAAGGAAAUCACUUCCCAUCUCAAGGAGAUCCAGAACGCAUUUAUCUCUGUUCUCUCUGACCCUGACGAGCUGAGUCAGGAUGUGGCGUCCAAAGGCCUCGGACUCGUCUAUGAGAUGGGAGAUGAGGGCGAUCAGCAGGAGCUGGUGUCCACUCUGGGUGAGGCACGCAGUCUCCGAGGAUACGGAGGUAUUCCAGGGGGAAGCCACGGCCUGUCUACAUACAAGGAACUCUGCUCAUUGGCCAGCGACCUGAACCAGCCAGAUCUCGUAUACAAAUUCAUGAACCUGGCCAAUCAUCAUGCAAUGUGGAACUCACGGAAGGGAGCAGCUUUUGGCUUCCACAUGAUCGCAGCCAAGGCCGGGGAGCAGCUGGCUCCAUUCCUGCCCCAGUUAGUGCCUCGUCUGUACCGCUAUCAGUUCGAUCCCAACCUGAGCAUUCGCCAGGCCAUGACCAGCAUCUGGGAUGCUCUGGUCACGGACAAGACCCUGGUGGAUAAGUAUCUGAAGGAGAUCCUGAAGGAUGUCAUUUCUAAUUUGACCAGCAGCGCCUGGAGAGUUCGUGAGUCCAGGUACAAUGAAAGCAUUCCCCCUAAAGACAGCUGCCUUGCUCUGAGCGACUUGAUUCGUGGGCGUCAAGCGGACGACCUCAUCGAUCAUCUGGCCGAAAUCUGGGAGACGCUGUUCAGAGUUCUCGACGACAUCAAGGAGUCUGUGAGAAAGGCUGCAGAUUUAACCCUGAAGACGCUCAGUAAGGUGUGUAUUCGCAUGUGCGAGUCCACGGGCGCUGCAGCCCAGAGAGCGGUGGCGGUGGUGUUGCCCACUCUGCUGGAAAAAGGCAUCGUCAGCAGCGUGUCGGAGGUUCGCUCUCUCAGUAUCCAGACCCUGGUGAAGAUCAGCAAGACCGCCGGCGCCAGACUAAAGCCUCACGCUUCCCGCUUGAUCCCAGCCCUGUUGGAGGCCCUCAGCACACUGGAGCCCCAGGUCCUCAACUACCUCAGCCUCAGAGCCACAGAGCAGGAGAAGAGCGCCAUGGACGCCGCCCGGCUGAGCGCCGCCAAGUCGUCUCCGAUGAUGGAGACAAUCAACAUGCAUCUUGAUGUUUCUGUGCUGGGAGAGCUGGUUCCCCGCCUAUGUGAGCUGCUCAAGAGCGGAAUAGGACUGGGCACCAAGGGAGGCUGUGCGAGUGUCAUAGUUUCCCUCACAGUGCAGUGUCCCCAGGACCUCAGCCCAUACUCAGGUAAACUGAUGAGUGCCCUGCUGACCGGCAUCCAUGACAGAAGCACCGUGGUGCAGAAAGCAUUUGCCUUUGCUUUGGGACACCUCGUCCGGACGGCCAAAGACAGCAGUGUAGAGAAACUACUACUGAAGCUCAGCAGCUGGUACUUGGAGAAAGAGGAACCCGUUUACAAGUCGUCCUGUGCGCUGACCUUGCACGCCAUCAGUCACUACAGCCCCGACGUGCUGAAGGGACACGCCGGAGUGGCGCUGCCGCUGGCCUUCCUCGGCAUGCACCAGGCGGCGGGUCCGGACGAGGAGAAGGGGGAAAGCCACGACGCCACGCUGUGGGCCGAGGUGUGGCAGGAGAACGUUCCAGGAAGCUUCGGGGGCAUCCGCCUCUACAUGACGGAGCUGAUCAGCAUCACCCAAAAAGCCCUGCAGUCCCAGUCCUGGAAGAUGAAGGCACAGGGCGCAGCUGCCAUGGCAACCGUCGCCAAGGAACAAACAGGCUCCCUGGUGGCGCCGCACCUGGGCCUGGUGCUGACGGCUUUGAUGCAGGGCUUGUCUGGACGCACGUGGGCCGGCAAGGAGGAGCUGUUAAAAGCCAUCGGAUCGGUGGUGUCCAAGUGCAGCUCCGAGCUGCAGAAGCCGUGCGGCGGACAGCCGACCGUGCCUGAGGUGCUGGACGUCGUGCUGAAGGAAUGCCGCAAAGAAAAUCUGACCUACAAAAUCGCCGCCCUGCGCUGCGCAGGAGACGUGCUCAGCAGCAGCAAAGAGGACCGGUUCAGCGACAUGGCCGAGAUCCUCUUCCCCUUGAUCAAGAAGAGCUGCCCAGAGAGCGGCGGCGCGGCGUCCCGGUCCCUGCGCGACGAUGACGACGACGACAAGACCACAAAAGAGAAGGAGCUGCAGACCGAGGCUCUGCUUUGUGCUUUUGAGACUCUGGGAAAGUCCUGGCCCCGAAACCCUCAGACUCAGGCUCAUUUCCAGGUGGAGGUGUGCGGCUUGAUGUCUGGGAAGCUCCAACUGAGCACGUGGAAAGUCCAGCUCGCUGUCCUACAGGCCAUGAAGCCCUAUUUUGAGGGGUUGUUGCUGCUAGAAAAGGGGAAUGAAGAUGUGAAUGCACUGUCACAGAUUCUCACAGAGACCUGUGCCGCCCUGACAUAUCCUUUAGAAAACAAAAGUUACUCCUCUGUGAGGACGGAGGCCUUGUCGGUCGUGGAUCUGAUCGUCAAGAGAACAGCGGAGAGCGAGCAGUGGGACUGCAUGUCCGCCAAGAGCCGGGAGCAGCUGCAGCGCUCCCUGUCCACGCUGCAGUCCGACAGCCGGCCCGACCUGCGGGACAAGGCGCAGGAGCUGCGGCGGCGCAUCCAGAGCCAGCCCUGA